AUGGCCUUGCCCUCGCAGCUUGAUAUCCUAGUGAUUGGAGCCGGCUUUGGCGGCCUUUGUGCUCUGAAGCACCUAAGAGAUGAAGGCUACACAAUCAAAGUCAUUGAUACUGCUAGCGAUGUGGGUGGAACGUGGUACUGGAAUCGCUACCCCGGCGCUAUGAGUGACUCGAAGUCCGUCAUAUAUCGGUUUUCUUGGGACAAAGACGAUCUCCGGAACUACCCCUGGUCCGACCACUACCUCAAGCAGACGGAGAUCCUCCAAUACUUUCAGCACGUCGCGACAAAACACGACCUAUAUAAGGACAUUCAGUUCCAGACCGAACUCACUUCGGCUGUUUAUAACGGAGAAACUGGACGAUGGAAUGUUAGUCUGAGUACCGGAGAGACCAUCGAUGCUCGAUACCUCGUUACAGCAUUGGGAGUCCUCUCUGCCCCGAAUUAUCCUAAGAUACCAGGCUUGGAGACUUUCAAUGGCCGGAUAGUCCAUACUUCUCGUUGGCCAGCCGACUUAGAUCUCUCUCAAACGCGUGUGGGUGUCAUUGGCAACGGUUCGACCGGCGUUCAGGUCAUCACCGGUCUUGCAGGCCACACCAAGUCCCUGGUCUCCUUUCAGCGCCAUCCCCAAUAUAGUGUGCCAAGUGGAGAUGGACCAGUUUCCUCCGGAUAUCGGCAGUGGGUCAAUGACAACUACGACGCAAUCUUUUCCAGAGCCAAGCAGUCCUACGUAGGGAUGGAACUGUUUGAGUCGAACCGGCCAUAUGACUCAGUCCCGCCCGAAGAAGCGGAAAAAAUAUUCGAGCACUUGUGGCAGCGAGGCAAUGGCUUCAGUUUCUACUACGGUGGAUUUAACGAUAUUGGUUUCAAUAAGGUGGCUAACGAGCACGCGUGCAACUUCAUCCGGAGUAAGAUCGACUCGAUCGUGCAGGAUCCAGAAAAGGCGCGCAAGCUCAAACCGAACGAGCUGCAUGUACGUCGACCUAUCUGCGACAAUGGUUAUUACUAUGCAUUUAACAAGCCCGGCGUGGAAAUUGUGCAUAUUGGAGAGACGCCCAUUGUCGCAGUUCGAAAGAAUGGUAUUGAAACCACCGCCGGCUUCCACGAGCUCGAUGUCAUUGUCUUCGCGACAGGGUUCGACGCUGUUGAUGGAAACUACAACCGCAUUCGCAUCCGUGGCCGAGCAGGUAAGAGCUUGCAGGAAUAUUGGGAUGCCCGCGAACGGGGCCCAUCCGCUUACCUCGGAGCAUCUGUGCCUGAGUUCCCCAACCUUUUGAUGAUCGGCGGGCCGCUGGGUCCCUUUGCCAAUUAUCCUCCGGUGGUCGAGACUUAUACUGAGCUGAUCUCUGGUUUACUGGCGGAAGCAGAGAGGGCUCGCCGUUUACCGGGCUCCAGACCUGGAAGCGAAGGCACCAUCAUCGAAGCAACGAAGCAAGCCGAGGAUGAAUGGACUAUCGCUGCUGAGAACGUCAUCGACAGCAGUCUGUUCAAGGAGGCCAAUUCGUGGCUCUUCGGGAACAACGUAGAGGGCAAGAAGCGAGCCAUUCGUUUCCACUUUGGAGGCAUGGGCCACUUUUACAAUACUGUCCAUCGCGUCAUUAAUGAAGGUUUUGCAGGCUUUCAGCCUUUUUUGCAGAACAAAUCAACUACAGGGCACGGAGCCGAUGUCAAGGCAAUCAAGACGCACGUCGAGGAUGCCGAGGUCAACGGCAUUUCCAACACAAAGGUAGACAUCGUAGCCUAA